AUGACAGCCGCGAUCGCGAUGCUCAACGAUAAACACCCGCAGCUCCAGAACCCGGUCACAGACUCCAAUGCCUACGCGCUUGGAACACCUGCUGGUCACAAUGUGGUGAUUGCAUGCCUUCCGUUCGGCAUUUACGGCACUGUCUGUAUCCGCCACGGCGGUGAUUUCGCACCUGACGUCGACGUUUACCCAGAUCCAAUAUGCCUUGAUGGUUGGGAUUGGGGGAGGCGUGCCGAGGCAGUGGUGCAGUAUGAUUAUGGGGAGACGGUGCGAGGCGGAAGAUUCGAGCAAACGGGCAUGUUGAAUCACCCGCCGCAGCUGUUAUUGACGCAUAUAUCUCGAUUGGAAGCUGAGCGUCGUGCGACGAAAGAUAAUAAUGGUAUUUCUGGCGUCAUCGCAAAGGUUUUGGAUGAGCGUCCAUCUAUGAUAGAUGACAGCAAUGACAAUUGUAACGACUGUGAUUCGGCGCAGAAGGUCCAGAGAGAUCCACUAGGCUCUCUAGAGCCUCAGGUUUGCUACGGCCUCAUUGCCUUGGGUGAUAAGGUUAUGAAGGACUCGCAGACGCGGGAUCGGUUAGCGCAUAAAACAGGAGCGAUAUGUUUUGAGAUGGGGACGGCUGGUCUGAUGAACCAGCUUCCCUGUUUGGUGAUUCGUGGAAUCUGUGACUAUGCAGAUUCCUACAAGAACAGAAAAUGGCAAGGGUAUGCUGCUCUGACAGCCGCCGUGUACGGAAAAUUGCUCUCGUCGGCUGUUGCGAACAUGCCUUUGCCUGGAAACAUACCACCAUCUGGAAUGAAGAAGAACCUAACGCAGGACGAAAAAAAUUGCCUGCGAAGCUUGUUCCUCACGGACCCAGUCGAGGAUAAGAAUGCGCUCAAGCGCAGGAAGGGAGACCAAGCUCCGUACACUUGCCAAUGGUUUUUGAAGACUCGAGAACUUCAAGAAUGGCUCAAAGCACACCCGAUAAUUGGCCCCAAAACUGCCGAGAGCAGCGCUCGGCUAGAUUUGAACAUCUUGUGGCUAUACGGGAAUCCCGGGACCAGGAAGUUGACUAUAGCCAUCACUAUUGUCGAAGAAUUACCAAAUGCCCCUUUCUUCGACAAAAACAAGGUCCUUGCCUACUUCUUCUGUGACUCUAGCUCGAGCGAUCGGUCAACCGCCCAGGCAGUCCUACGCGGGAUACUGUAUCAAUUGAUCAAGAAUCGCCCAGGAUUGAUAGACUUCGUUUUGCCUAAGUUCAAGGAGAGAGGCGAAAAGCUAUGGAAUGCUUUGGAUGAAUGCGAUGCUGAGUCCCAAGAGAUUCUGCUCUCCCAAAUUCAGCGGACAUUCCAAGCAUACGGUCCAGACCCUCCUCGUCAUCUCCAUAUCUUAGUUACCAGCAGGCCGUAUCCCGAGAUUGUUGCCAAAGACCUUCAGCGCAUGACCAAAGCCAAGGUCAAGGAGCUGGGCACGAGGAAUCGCUAUUCCACCAAGGUCGCGACAGAAGUGUCUUCGAUCAAGGAAAGGCCGAAGGCACGUUCUUGUGGGUCGAUACCUGAGAGUGUUCUUGAGACCGCCGCUAAGAACCCAGUAUGUGGGAGAGACGUGGUGGCGGUAAUCCUCCAUCGGAGAGGCUAUAUUAACAUCACCGAGAGUGCGCUCAAAGCUGCUGCACAAAAUCGAGGCCAAGAAGGAGAGGUGGUUUCUCUGCUUUUAGACCACCGAGAAUCUGAGCUCGAAAUUACAGAAGAUGUGUUGCUAAAAGCUACUGUUAACGACCCUGGAAAUACCAAGGAGGUCAUGAUGAUUCUCCUUGAGCGCCACCGUGGAAGACUGCAUUUGAGUGACAACAUUGUCGAAAAAGACCCGAUAACGCUCAACAGCUCUCUCCUUACGGAAACUUCGUACAAUGCUCUCAGUGGCGGAGAGGUCAUGGAAGUCCUUCUGAAACGAUGUAGUAGUCCAGAAUAUAUAACUGCGAACCUUUUGAUAAACUUCAGCACAUACGGUGAGGUUAACAAUUUCCUCUUGGAACACCGACGUGGCCAGAUUGAGAUGACUGAGGAUAUUAUUUCGGACGUCGUACAAAACGUUCUGCACGGCGAAAGUGUUAUGUUGGCCCUCCUGAGACGAUGCAGGAAUCCACUUGAAGAGUCCCAGGUGAUUGAGAUUGCUGAGAAAUUUGAGGCCGGGGUCAUAAAACUUUUACUGGAGCAGGACGAGCAUAGUCGGAUGGCGAAAACAAUCAUCCCAGCUAUAGCAGAUACGUGGAUGGACAGGAAGAAAGUGGCGUUGGGCGUUCUACAAAUCUAG